AAUAUGUUGUUGGUUGGUCGAUAUGAAUAUAUACCUCAACUCGGGAAUUGAAGGGAUGUUCGGAUGGUGCGCUAAAGGGUGUGGUGUGGCUGUAUCAACCAACGUCCAGUACAAGCAGGGAAAACUAUCUCCAGUUUCCUCCCUUUGUUCCUCAAUUCCUCCAACUUGGCCUAGAUGCGUUUUGUUCUGUCGCAGUUCGCGAUCCCCGAGAUUUUGAGAGUCAAAAUUUCUCGGCAUUCACGCUUAAUCUGUGCUCUAUCCCGUGUCGUUCCGGAAAAAAAUGGGCUGGUUUGGCCGUAACCACAUGCCAGUUGAGGGCCGGACUAUCCUCCUGACGGGCGGUUCUGAAGGCACCGGCCUCAGCGCAGCACGCAUCUUUUCGAGCAGAGGGGCAAAUAUCAUUAUUGUCUCGAGGAACCCGGCGAAGCUCGAGGAGGCCGUGAAGAGUAUCAAGGCCGCGGCAAAGUCUCCUGAGAUGCAGCGCUUCCACACCAUUGUAGCCGAUGUAGCCGAGCCCAACUAUGCGGAGGGCGUGGUUAACAAUGCGACGGCCUGGAACGACGGAUAUCCGCCCGAGAUCGUGUGGUGUCUGGCUGGCCUUUCCACGCCCAUGCUGUGGACGGACGACGGGGCCUUACAGGCUUCUCGAUAUAACAUGGACGUCAAUUACUUUGGCACAGCCGAAAUGUCCCGAGCCAUCAUGCGUGCCUGGCUCCUCCCUGGCCAGGAAAAGAAGCAACCCUCGACACGAGGAUCUCGUCCCGCUGCCAAACACAUCGUCUUCACCGGCACCGUCCUCUCCGUCUUCUCUAUGGCCGGCCACGGAACCUACGCCCCUUCCAAGUUUGCCCUCCGCGCCCUGGCCGACGCCCUGGCCAUGGAGGUUCGCCUAUACCCGGACGUCCCUAUCGAAGUACACUUCAUUUUGCCUAACUCUAUCACCACAGCCGGCUACGAGCGCGAGAAUGAAACUAAGCCGGAAAUCACACUCCAGCUCGAGGGUGCCGAGACUCCCCAGGACCCGGACACUGUCGCCCGCCUAUCCAUCGCCGGCGUCGAGAAGGGUCGCUACUUUGUCACGACAUCGUUCAUAGGCGACCUAAUGCGAUGGGGCGCUAUGGGUAACUCACCACGGAACAACUGGUUUGUGGACACGUUGAUGGGGUGCAUCUUACCCUUUAUCAUGGCAUUUGUGACGUGGGAUAUGAACAGUCAAGUCUCGAGGUGGGGCAACAAGAGAAUAUCUGAAGAGUCGCGAAAAUGAGCACGUAUAAAAAACGGGCAUAGGUUCACUGGCGGUGUGGAAACUUAUUAUUGAUGUAAAACUAUAUUAAAUGGCUAAUAUUACUUCGCUAUAUAUACACAAGUACCUAGGCAGGUAUAUAUUUACAUCUGGCUCAAAUUUGUUACUAGUUCACAUAUUGCCGCCACCGAUCUCCCCUCGACUGAUUCAGCUCGCUGGAAUAGGGCGCUGUCCUUAACAUUACCUCU